AUGAAACGCCGACUACCCCGUCAUAACUCACCCUUGCCUUGUGGUCGUCAAUUGAAAAAUAAGGUGGAACAGCGGUUGUCGGCUCCGAACGAGCUCCUGGUUCUCCUCAAUGACGCCGAACAAUUUUGCUCAUUGACACCCAGUGCCUUCAUUCCUUUGGAGAGUGAUCACGAAAUGACCAUUGGGCCAAUUUUGGGUGAUGGAUUAACCACCUGGGACAAAUCAUUGCUGCCCAUGGAUGAUAUUGAGGAUCUCAGUAUGACCAACUGUCCACACGUCUCCAGAGCUGAUUCUGAAGUCGGAGGAGUGCCGCUAGUUGCAGGGGUAAAUUCAAUAGAGAAGACCGAGCAAGGUCUCUUAUCCAGUGGUGGUGCCACACCGACCCCCACUUGA